AUGGCGUUCGUGUCGGAUGAGAGCUCGCACUCGCAGGCCGAAGGUCAACCUCAUCCUCACCCCACGGGCAGAAUAAUCAACGCUUCCGGGUUGCCGCCUCCGACCGACGACACGACCACCGCAGCGGCCAACACCGUUGAUCCUCCCACCACUGCUGCAAUCCCCUCGCCCACGUUUCGCAUCCUCAGCACGAUCCCGUCGGCCUCUUCUGCCGGUGUCCCCCCUCUCCCUUCCAUUCCCAUCCGUGGUCACGAGGGCGGUUUUGUCCAGCCCUCCUCCUACCUCCGAUCACGACGUCCUUCAUAUCCAAUGCCCCCAUCCCAGCCUGAGAGGGCCAUCGAUCGGGAAGAGCGCCAGGGCCUGCGUGCCAUUCGCAACUUCCUCAAGGUCCGCACCAGUUAUGAUGUCCUUCCUCUCAGUUUCCGUCUCAUAGUUUUCGACACGGCGCUUUCGGUGAAAGAGAGCUUGAAUAUCCUCAUUCAGAAUGGCAUCGUUUCCGCACCCUUAUGGGACUCUAAAUCCUCUACCUUCGCUGGUCUCCUGACGACCUCUGAUUACAUCAACGUCAUUCAGUACUACUUCCAGAACCCUGCGGCCUUGGACCAGAUAGACCAAUUCCGCCUGGAUAGCCUGCGAGAGGUGGAAAAGGCGCUGGGCGUUGCGCCUCCUGAGACGAUAUCUAUCGACCCGGAGCGACCGCUAUACGAGGCUUGUCGGCGCAUGCUCGAGUCCCGAGCGCGAAGAAUUCCAUUGGUCACGAACGAUAGUCAAACAGAUCGACACCUCGUUCUCAGCGUCAUUACUCAGUACCGCAUUCUCAAGUUCGUCGCUGUCAACGUGAGUGAUACGCAGAAAUUACGGAAACCUCUAGGAGAGAUUCGGCUAGGAUCCUAUGACAAUGUCGCAACCGCAUCGAUGGACACACCCGUCAUUGAUGUGAUUCAUAUCCUCGUCGAGCGAAGUAUAUCAAGUGUGCCCAUUGUGAAUUCGGAAGGUGUUGUAUACAAUGUUUUCGAAUCGGUUGAUGUCAUCACGUUAAUCAAAGGUGGUGUAUAUGAUGACUUGAGCCUUACAGUUGGGGAGGCAUUGAAAAAGCGGUCUCAAGAUUUCCCUGGCAUUUAUACCUGCUCAUUAAAUGACGGUCUAGACACUAUCUUUGAUACAAUCCGCAAGUCCCGCGUUCAUCGAUUAGUCGUGGUGGAUGAGGCCUUCCGGCUAAAAGGCGUGCUUACACUGAGCGACAUCUUGCAAUAUAUCCUGCUAGAAGGUGAAGGCGACGAAACUUUAUGA